AUGCUGAGCAGAGUUCCGAGCCAAAUCGGGAAGCAAAGCCAAAAAAGUAUUGCAGUUUUGUCGGCUCUUUCGUUACAAGUGGGUCCCAAGAAUUUUGUCAUCGGGCCGCCAUCGUGGCCGCCGUCGCAGUCGCCGGUGUCGCCUCCCAGCCCACGGAAGCCGCCACCGUCGGCCGCCACGGAAAGCGUCGAUUCUUUAAAAACUUCCGGCCCUCUUACAAAACCCCGGAACUCGCCUAGCAUCGCAGACGCACUUCCGAUUGCCACGCGUAAGCUUUUGCAUGCACGGCUAAUUAAAGCCGCCGUCAUUCGAAUGAAUUGCCUGCGGCGUUACGCCGGAAUUUUGCGUUUCGGGGAAGGAAUGCGUGGGCAAAUGCCCUCGGGGCUCACGUUUCGAAAUUCCUGCGUGCAGAACUUUAGUCAAUGCUGCUGCAUGCGCGUUGAGGCGGAAUUUGGCCGCGGGUUCCUUCCUUCCGGUUCUGUGCAGAGGCGAGAGAAACAUGUUCCGGUCAUAAUUAGAUUGUCGUUGGAACAAAUGCCCCUGGAAGUCAACGGGAUGACAGGACUUGCAAGGAAAAUAAGGAUGAAGAUGCGGAUAUUUUGCUCGAAUGCAAAAUAUUCCGAAUCAAUCUACCCGAAGAUCCAGCCAAGUAUAUCACGGCCACCUGGGGGUCAAAACGCUGACGAAAACGACUCUACUGAGGUCAGUGAUGAGUUGGGGAUCGCUGAUGACCCGUCAGGUCAAUCCGGUGACGACACUGUCAACAGCGAACAACUAGCAAAUAACGAACCACAGCAUAUAACGACAUUGACUGCAACAAUGGCCAUUCACUCAAGUAGUGUGGAUUCCCCGGGGUCUCAACCCCAAACAGAUGGGUUCGACACUUCCUUAGGCCCAAGUCGACUCCAUCAAGAACAAGCCAAUGAUGAUUUUGACAAUGUGUCAAGUGAGCCCAUUGUGAUGGCGACGUCGACGAGUGAAGUUUCUUUGGCAUUUGGGUCUUCGGAACCAUUUCCUCAACUUCCGGAUCAGAAUUCAGACUUGGUUGAAAACGGGCUGCAGUUGAAGAGGACAUUUUCCGUGGGUCUGUUGCACGUCGAUGCUGAGGAUGUCGUUGUGCAGAUUCAGCAACCGGACCUUCAACAAAGUCGUUCGCAAUCAGCAGACGGCAGCAACAGCAGAACGGAAACAUUAUUUUUCAACCCUGAAAUGAUGAAUCAAUUUCGCGGAAUGCAGGACGGGGAGAUUCUUGUUGAAGACAUUCGUCAGCCGUCGUUUGGUUCGAAAUCCAAACAGUACGCCAAAAUCGAAGACGAUGUUUGUCUUGUUCCGAGCCACGCUGACCUGCAAAAAUCUGGCCGUGUGCCGAAUUCGACGAUUCGGAAUGGCAAUGAAAAUGAUGCUUCGCAGUUGCCGCAACAGAAUCCAGAGGUUUUGCGAGUUGAAGAGCCUGAUGAUGACGACGUUUCUGCGCUUCGAGAAGAGGAAAUUAUUCCAACAAGGCGUCUUGCAACAGUCAAGCAUUCCUCACCUCCAAGAAAUACCCGUGAACAUCCCAGGAAUCCGGACGAUUCCACGGAUUUAAAAAGACCUCGAGGUCGAAAUUGUACAAAAGCUGUGCAAGCGAUUUACGGAAGUCGUCAGGCAGUAGAAACCGGAAGAAGCCUUGUUACGAAACCCGGUGAACUCAAACAAAGUGCAGUACGAGAAGAAACCCCGCCGAAAACAGAGGCUCCUGUCCAAAACGCUCGUCGGAAUGGCAAAGAACAAAAUAACAAGAAAAACAACAAUGAGAAUCCGGAACUAUCUGGGAACCGCAAACUUGUCGCGAAUUCAUCAGAACUGGACGCAGAAGUGCUUGCUUACGUCAGUCGUGAAAUCGGUCACUGGUGGCUCAGCCGCAACUUCUGGAAAGUUUCUGCCCAGCAGGCUGUGCUGGCCAUAAUUUUGUUCCUGGCUUGGUAUGUGAUGGGAUUCGAGGAGAUUAUUGAGGUGGGACUCGGAUCCGGCGAGAAACCUCUGGUUUUGCAACUCGCGUUUCUUCUGGCGACCGUUUUGUACCCGGCUGUUUUGAUUUCCGUGGGGAAAUCGGGGUCGAACAUUUAUUGGAACCACUUCGUGUCAAUUGCGUUCGUUUUUCUCGGAAUCAGUGCGGAAACCCGGUUCCAGAGAAUUCGGGGUCAAUUGAGCGAUCAGAACAACUGGGCGCCGCCCAACUGA